AUGAAUGGUUGUAUGGGAGGAAUGAUAAAAGAUUGGCCUGAUGGUGAUCGAGCGGAUGAGUUGAUGGAUGGUGGCGUGCAGCGUUUUUCUGAGCUACCGACGUACACGGAAGUGAACCCGGGUGAGGACGCGCUGCUCAAGUGCCGGAUAUCCGACAAGAAGGGAAUUUGCUCCUGGCAGAAAGACAACAAGCCAGUAGGCAUAUACCGUGGAAAGUACGAAUGGGUUAGCGAGCACAGCGCCGCGAACGGUGACUGCUCGCUGUUGGUGCGUGCGGCGACACUGCAGCUGGACGACGGUCAGUGGCAAUGCCAGGUCACUGCCAGCAAUUAUAAUGUCCAGGAUGCUUUAUCAAGUCCACCCGCCGCGUUUGCUGUACGUGUCCCACCACAGUCCCCAAGGAUACUUUUCAACGGAUCCCACGUGCUGCCGGGACAGAACAUCACGGUGCCAGCUGGUUCCAGAGCCACCGUAGUCUGCGAGGCCAGAUACGGAAACCCGCCCGCAUACAUCGAAUGGUACUUGGAAAGAGAACGAUUAACAGCAUGGAGUCAUACGAACGCGUCUGAAGUGGAAAGACCGCGUGUGUGGGCAGCGCGCUCCGUUCUUGAGAUGGGAGCGACCAGGUCCGCGCACGGCAAGCGGCUGAAGUGCCGAGCCCACCAUCCCUCCUUCCCACCACCUUACUACCGAGAUUCUUAUACUAUGCUCGAUGUUACUUAUGUACCAGUAGUAUCUAUCAUGGGUGCUGAUGCAAGUGAACUAUCCAGUUUAGAAGAACACAUUAGUGUGUUGUCGUUGGAAUGUAAAGCGGACGGUAAUCCCAAACCUUAUGUAUGGUGGACGAAGAAUGGACAAAUCAUCGCAACAAACGGCCCUAAGCUCAUACUAGCACCUGUAACAAGGAAUCAUUCGGGAACAUAUGGUUGUCAAGCAAGAAAUUCCCUUGGAACGUCUGAUUCUGUCAAAAUUGAUAUAGAUGUUAAAUAUCCACCACGUGUUACAUGGGUUGGCCCAGAUUACAUAAUUGAUGCCAAUCUAUUUUCACAAGUGACUCUGGAGUGCAGAGCUGAGGGAAAUCCACAUCCUUUAUACCAGUGGUAUCAUAGACCAGAAUCUACUAUACAUUCUAACGACAACAAGAUAUUUGAUGAUGAUUACCUCAUAUCGUCCACGACUCAGCUUCAACUCCACAACGUAUCUUAUCAUCAACACGGAAAAUACAUUUGUGUUGCCAAGAAUUACAUUGGACACGAGGAAAAAAUCCAUCUAUCAGAAGAGAUAAUAUUGAAAGUGCUGGGUCCGCCGAUGGGCUUUGAGGCGACGUCGGUGCACGCGUGGCGCGGCGGCGAGGGCCGAGUACACGCGACCGUAUGCGCUUCGCCAGCCCCUGACGACGCUACGUGGAUGUGGGGCAGUUGGAGACUUGAUGUGCCAUCAGAGAUCGGGCGUUACAGAGCUCUAGAUAAAGAAGAAGUAGAUGGUUGCUAUCGUUAUACGCUGUGUAUUGACGAUGUGGGCCAGCCUGAUGCGGGCGACUACAUUCUGCACGUGGAGAACGAGAGAGGAUUCACUUCACUCACCGUUUCCCUUAUUGUACAUGACAAUUUUUCGGUAACAGAGGCGACGCGUGCUGCGCCCGUUAUCGCGGCUGCUCUUGUCAUCGCCGCACUUGCUGUCUUGUUGCUGUGUGUUGUAGUGCGUUGUCGACGACGAAGAGGAAGUGUCGAAUAUAAGACUGAUGAAUUAAACAGUGAAGUCAAGGUGUUGCCAGCGGACGCAUUAUACGGUCCUCAGCCGUCCCAAGGCUCCAGCGACAGUCGACAUGCUGGAACCACGACUGUUGAGACCAGUUGCCCGCGUUACUCACCAGCAGCUAUGCAAGUCCGUCACGCUGCUGUGGUAUUGCAGCCGCCCACAACUGUGUGAUCUAUGGACAGAAUGCGUGUGACACCGCAGUGUAGUGUCAAGUGUGGUUGUAAAUAAAAAGGGACCAUUUGAUUAUAAACUUUGAUUCAUAGCAAAGUACAUGUAAUAAGCACUCAUAGUAAGGGCUA